CCCUUCCUCUUUAAUAGUUUAGGCAGCUUUUUGGUCCAGUUGUUAAUCAUUUUCUCUGUGACUCCGAUGCUGCUGUCUCAGGCCAGAUUCUCUCCAUGCAGGUGUCUCUUUGUUUCAUUUCCUCUCCCCAAAUCUGUGAUCAUCUCUUCACCUCUGGAUAUCCAGAGAGCCAAAUACUGAUUAUGUUCUUCUAAGGAACUGAAAGCGUGUUAUAUCUUGAUAAUUGUCUGAAUUGAACGGCUUUCUGGUUGGCUGAGUUUGAAGAACGUUAUCCACUACCUCUUUUGUCACCUUCCCAAAUGAGGUGCUGAACUGCUCCUUAAAAAUCCCAAAAUGCAGCAUCGUAAGAGCACAACUGAGAUCCAACAGGAACAACACUAACGUCAUGCCUGCGAAUGCAUGCGUGUGUCACUCAACAUGACAUCAGCUUGUUUCUCUAAAUCUUCAUCACAAACACAUGAGUCAUCGCAUUCAUUACCUGCAAAGGCUAACGAGAUUCCCCUCGUUAAGUCCUUUAAGUAGCGAUCUGUUUGGGAGAGGUGGGGGUGUUGAAGAGUGGAGUGAGUCUGGAGGACUCAAGCAGCAGCAGCAGAAGAAGAGGAUGAAACCUGGACCAACAAACAGUCAUUUUCUCCUGUGAGGGUCACGGAGCACAGGAACAACAUCCUGUGGAGAGUCUUCUGCUGUUUCUUCUGGUUCUCUCUGAGUUGCUGUGAAGCGUUGGGGGAUUGUCUGGUUGCGGUGGAGGCCACCUGGCUGGAGCUUUAUCAGGAUUGUAUGCUGUGAGCCUUUGGCCUUCUGUGGCCACCUGCAUGGGCAAGUAAACUGUGGACUGGACAAACAUGAUAAAUGUUAAUGUCGUGUGUAUCUUAGUGAUAAGUGGCCCGAAUAAGACUUUUUGUCCCCAUGUGGUUUCCAUCUUUCUCUUGUAUAUUCCCUUUUCCUCUAGAUGACAAACACUUCAUCUGUGAAAGAGUUAACUAAGUCUGUGUGUCUGAGCCUUGUCUGACUGACGUCCUUGUCCUUGGCAGGUCUCAAUCUGAGGUAUAGCCUCCACAGGACCUGAGAUUGUCCUGUCAGAGCAGCACAACAUGAGCGAAGGAGAAAUUUUUUAUAUAUUCACCCAACAUUCUGGUUAAGAAGUAGGGCUGUGGUCAUUCCCUCCCAUUCUGAGAGUCCCGGUGCAUCAUGGAGUCUGUGGUGAGAGUGAAAAAGUUGCUGAAGACACCCAUCAGGAAGCUGACAAGCUGGGUGUCACGGGUGAAGGAGAGGAAGUUGUGUGCCAAACACAGGAACAAGAGGACCAGAGAUCAGAGAGGCAGAGGAGGAUGCAACCGGUUGGGGAGGACACCUCGUCUCCGAACAUCACACCCCAAAGACCCGUCAAUCAUCUGCUCGUUCCAGGCGGACCUGGAGAAGGAGAGAAAGCUGCGGGAAGCAAGGAACGCUCAGAAGAAUGCAGAGAGAGCAGUGUUGAGAGAUCACUUCAGAAGAAAAUAUCAGCUGUCUGAGAGCCCGAAGGACACGAACCACCUGAAAUCUGUUGGCGGAAAAGUGUCGCUCCCCCACAAGCUGUCGAAGAUCAUUCAUCCUAAAACCAAAACUAAGGACGACGGCUUUAACCUGCUGAGCGCCUUUCAAGGCCUCAGCUUUGGCACAGUGGAGCUCAAAGCAAGGAAACACAGCAAGACGUCCGCUCCUGCACCAGCAACUUGUAAAGUCAUAGCGAUGGAGCAGAUUCAAGGAUGUGAGACCAUGAGGAGCUUGUACAUCCGAGUGACUGUGUGUGUCAGAACACAGGGAACCUGCGGGUCCAGAAAUCAGCUCUGUGGUGUCGCACCACAAAGAGCUUUUUGUAUGACAGCAGCGGGGACGGUGGCACAUGGCAAGUUGGAGGGGAGAAAAGGAGCUGAGAGUACAGGAGUUAGAAAGAGAGGUGUGGAUGGUCGGGUGCGAAGCUUUGAGGAGAUCCCUCACACAGGGAGGAGCGGCUGGAUCAACUUGGUGAAGUUCUGGAGAGAAGAUCGUUUCCGGCAGCUCCACAAGCACAUGGAGAGGACCUUCAACACCCUCGGCCCCAUCUACAGGGAGCACGUGGGCACCCACAGCAGUGUGAACAUCAUGUUGCCGCUGGACAUAGCUGAGCUGUUUCGCGCAGAGGGCCUGCACCCCCGACGAAUGACCCUGCAGCCCUGGGCAACACACCGAGAGACACGGCAGCACAGCAAGGGAGUCUUCCUCAAGAACGGCGAGGAGUGGCGAGCUGACCGUCUACUGCUCAACAAGGAGGUGAUGAUGAGUGCGGCCGUGAAGCGUUUUCUCCCCCUGCUUGAUGAGGUUGCGAUGGAUUUCUGCCGAAUGCUGCGGGCGAAGGUUGAGAAGGAGGGGAGAGGCGAGGAGGGGAAGCGCAGUCUGACCAUGGAUCCCAGCCCUGACCUCUUCCGCUUCGCGCUAGAAGCUAGUUGCCAUGUGAUCUACGGGGAGCGUAUUGGUCUCUUCUCCUCAUCUCCGUCCCUGGAGUCCCAGAAGUUCAUCUGGGCCGUGGAGCGAAUGCUGGCAACGACCCCUCCUCUCCUCUACCUGCCCCCUCGCCUGAUGCUCCUCGUCGGCGCUCCCCUGUGGACGCAGCACGCCAGCGCAUGGGACCACAUCUUCAGCCACGCGGAGGCGAGGAUCCAGAAGGGGUACCAGCGCAUGUCUUCCUCGCAGGCUCGGGGGUCUGAGGCUGCAGCUGGGGGCCAGUACACCGGGGUUCUGGGCCAACUCAUGGAGAAAGGGCAGCUAUCUUUAGACCUCAUCAAAGCCAACGUCACUGAGCUGAUGGCUGGAGGGGUCGACACGACUGCGGUGCCCCUGCAGUUUGCUCUGUUUGAGUUGGGCCGCAACCCGGAGGUGCAGGAGAGGGUGAGGCAGCAGGUGAGGACGUCAUGGGCACAGGCUGGUGGUGAUCCUCAGAGAGCCCUGCAGGGGGCACCACUGCUAAAAGGCACGAUCAAGGAGAUUCUCAGGUUAUAUCCGGUGGGAACCACAGUGCAGCGGUAUCCGGUCAAAGAUAUUGUUCUUCAGAAUUACCACGUUCCUGCUGGGACGAUGGUCCAGGCCUGUCUGUACCCCCUGGGAAGGAGUGCAGAGGUCUUUAAGGAUCCACUGCGCUUUGAGCCCGGCCGGUGGGGCAGAGAGGACGGCCAAAGAGGAGAGGGGGCGGGGGGGUUUCGCUCCCUGGCGUUUGGCUUUGGGGCGAGGCAGUGUGUCGGGAGGAGGAUCGCUGAGAACGAGAUGCAGCUCUUGCUCAUGCAUAUCCUGCUGAGCUUCCAUCUCAGCUUGUUGUCCUCAGAGGACCUCAAAACCACAUGCACCCUCAUCCUCCAGCCUGAGACUCCGCCAAGGAUCACUUUCAGCAAACUCUGACACACACACAUGCACACACAGAAGACAGUCAUGCCAUCAACAUUUGACAUGUUUAAUCAAUACAAUACAAUGUAGCCUGUUUUAAUAAUCCUAAUUUAACAACCAUAUUCUGAUGAUACUCACUCAAGCUUAUACUGAGUUUUU